GCUAUUAAACGAGAAUCACAUGGAUUUACUUUUUUAACACAAAUUUGAUUUUUACUGUUGCCUUUAGGUUUGUUUAUUAAUUAUUUAAUCCUUUCCAAUUCAUCAAGAUGACUGAACAAUUAACUCAAUUUCAAAAAACAGAGCUUAUGGACAAGCUCAAGCAAGAAAUUGCCAUGGAAAAUUUCAAGGAAUUAAUAAGGCAAAUGUCCGAGAAAUGUUACAAAAAAUGUGUUAGUAAACCUGGAACUAGUCUAGAUUCAAGUGAAACUAAAUGCUUAAAUUUUUGUGUGGACCGAUACAUGGAUGCAUGGACAAAUGUAUCUCGUGCGUAUGGUUCUCGGAUACAAAGGGACGCGUGAUAUUAAACAAUGAUCCGAUUAUAUGAACUAGUUUUGCCUAGAAUCCAUUAUAAAAUUGUAACCUAUUGUUGAUCAGAUAUUAUGUCUCUGCUGAUAUAACUUUAGUUUAAUUUUGUAAGUCAAUUUGAUUAGUUGAUGAUAUUAUGCUACAGUUUUUGCGAUACUAUCUCAGGUCAACCAUUUAAAAUAAAGAAAUUAAAUCAUAGUUAAGAGUUUAGCAAUUCAA